AUGUCUGGCAGGAUUUGUCUCCUCCCCUUCCUGGUUUGUUUAUUUUGCAAAGUGAAUGGAACGAUUUCCCAACAGAGUGACCAACCAGAACAAUUAAUGAACUUUGUAGCCUCAGUGGACCGAAAAUUUAAAUCAAUGGAACAUAUACUGACUGAUAAAGAUGUCCGAGUAGACCAGCUUGAAACAGCACUAGAAAACCAUAUGGAAACUUUCAGCAAAUAUGUACACGACAAAGAGCAGGAAAUUGAGAUGGCGAAAAAUGAGAUAAGUAAUUUGAAGCAGCAGGUCAUGUUACUCACAAGACAAUUAUCAGGGACACAAAAGGGUUCACCAGAUCGUUUGACUUUGUGGGAAAAAAAUACCGCAGGUCGCAUAAAUGAUGCAGAAAACAGUCAGGUUCACGCAGAAAUAACAAGUAAUGAUGACUAUGGGAAAACCUCUACAGAUACUAUAUCUCUAGUGAAGAACGCCACCUGUCAGGGUUCUAUACAGAACGAUCGCACCUUCCCUGACACCAUGGACACAGGAGCCACGUCUGAUGUUGCUGAUGAGAACCGAACUGGUAAAAAGAGAGGGAUAAGGGUAGUGCCUCCCGCUCUACAGGCCUUCCAUUUAGAACUGACACAUUCAUUAACCGCUGGUAAAGGGAAUAUAGUAAAGUUUGACGACGAGACGCUUGAUGACGGGGACGGAUACAAUGCGAAUGACGGGAUCUAUACAGUACCCAAAACCGGCACGUAUGUAAUCACUUGGACAACUCUAUCAGGAUUCCGUAGUUACAUUCAAACUUAUUUGAUUGUUAACGGAGUAAGAAGGGGGGCGUCAUUUGCCGAUGCUCAGGAGAUACAUGACGUACAUCAGGCUACUGGUAUAGUUGUCCUGAGGCUUAACCAGGGUGACCAUUUGUUCAUACAAGUGGGACGUACUACAAAUAACACAGUGUACAGUGAUAUAAACUAUAGUGGCCGACCUACGUUUUCCGGGUGGAUAUUAUUCUAA